AUGGAAAGGGAAUCGAGCACUGAGGAAGGAGAAAAUGACCUGGAGUACAUUAAAGGCGAAGUGGAGUUUCGGAAUAUCUCCUUUUCUUAUCCAGGGUCAAGCAGCCAAGUCAUCCAUAACAUGAACAUCACGAUUGAAGGGGGAUCUAAAGUUGCUUUCGUUGGGCCGAGCGGUGUGGGGAAGUCUACCGCUUUUAAGCUCUUGAUGGGGAUGCUCGAGCCGACCGAGGGUACGAUUCUCAUCGAUGGUCAGGACAUUAAGACGCUCAAGACCGACUCGCUGCACGAAGUUAUCGGGAUGAUGCCUCAGAAUUCGUACCUCUUCAAUACCACCGUAAUGGAGAAUAUCACGUUCGCGAGACAGAAUGCAACAUAUGAAGAAUGCUACGAUGCCUGUUGCAGGGCAGGCAUUGAAAAGACAAUCAAGGGUCGUGCUGGCCAGUAUGGCGCGACGACGGGAGAAAACGGCGCGAACUUCUCAGGCGGUGAGCGGCAGCGUCUCGUGCUCGCUCGUAUAUUCAUUCAAAAGCCCAAGAUCGUGCUCAUCGACGAAGGGACCAGUGCGCUCGAUGCUGAGACCGAGGCCCUUAUCAAGCACAGUAUUGACCAAGAGUUUGCCGGACGGACAGUGAUAAUUGUUGCGCAUCGACUCUCUUCUAUCAGGCGUGUCGAUAAGAUCUUUGUUUUAGGAACAUGUGGCAAGAUCGUGGAAGAGGGUAAUCACGAUGAGCUUGUGGCAAAGGGCUGCGAGUAUGCCAAGUAUUGGAAGAUGCACUUAGGCGAGGAGCUGCCUGUCGAUGAGCCGUCUGUCGGUGAGCCGCUAAUCGACGUGUCAUCUUGA